GGCAGGGCUGCAACCGAGUGAGACAGAGGGCUGGAGCAACAAGACUCUCCACGCACACACGGCAGAGCAGCAGUCUUCAAAAAAAAAAAAAAAAAAAACGAGAGAAAAGAGGGAGACAGUCGGGUCACAGGAGUCCAGCAAGCGUCCAGGAAACAGCCAACAACUCGGGGGACUUGGCCAAAAGAGGCGGGGAAGCAGUGUGUUAUUGGAAAAGCUGACAAGAGAGCAAGGCAGCGGGGAGGGGAGAGAAAGAGAGAGGUGGCUGCCUGACUUUGAGUUGGUCAGUGAAGGCCUCAUGCAGCUUCUUAGCAGCAACUCAGUCCUAUUUUCAUCUGCCUGACACUCUUUGUGCAAAGCUCACCGGGAGCCCAGAGGGGAGACACAGAGGGGAAGUAAGGAUAGUAAUAAGGAGGAAACAAGACGGUCAAGAGAGACAGGAAAGAAAGCAUGAUGACCCAGGAACAGUGCACUCAUAGGAACAAUGUCCAGAGUUCAGAGAAACCACAAGUGUACAAAGUGGGAAUCUACGGCUGGAGGAAACGCUGCCUUUACUUCUUCGUCCUGCUGCUGAUGAUCCUGAUCCUGAUCAACUUGGCACUAACUAUCUGGAUCCUCAAGGUCAUGAACUUCACCAUAGACGGCAUGGGCAACCUCAGAAUAACAGAGAAGGGCCUGAAACUGGAGGGGGACUCUGAGUUCCUCCAGCCCCUCUAUGCCAAAGAAAUCCAGUCCAAACCAGGCAGCCCGCUGUUCCUGCAGUCGUCCAGAAAUGUGUCGGUCAAUAUCAUGAACAGCAACAACCAGCUGCUCACGCAGCUCGUGACAGGAUCCAGUGGAUUUAAAGCACGAGGAAAGAUGUUUGAAGUCAAAUCCACCUCCGGGAAGCUCCUCUUCUCCGCCGACGAGCAGGAGGUGGUGGUGGGCGCAGAGAGGCUUAGAGUGAUGGGGGCUGAAGGAGCCGUGUUCAGCAAAUCAGUGGAGACGCCGCACGUCAGGGCCGAGCCGUUCAAAGAGCUACGGCUGGAGUCUCCCACUCGCUCCCUGCUGAUGGAGGCUCCGAAAGGCAUCCAGAUCCUGGCUGAGGCCGGAGACAUCCAGGCCAUCUGCAGGAACGAACUGCGACUGGAGUCCAAAGAUGGAGAGAUCUCUCUGGAUGCUCGGAGGAUUCGUCUGAUGCGGCUGCCGGAGGGGAAGGCCUCCACCAGCUCCUCGUCCUCUGGGACCAGGCAGACUGUCUACGAGGUUUGCGUUUGCCCCAACGGGAGGCUUUUCCUGUCCCAGGCCGGCACCGGAUCCACCUGCCAGAUCAGCAACAACGUCUGCCUCUAGGACUGACACGUGCAAAUAUACAUGAAUACAGAGAUUUCUGGAAAGAAAUACAGGCAAAAACAGACAGAUGUGCACUCAUCGCCUGCCUCUAGGACUGAUUCAGAGCAAACACAGACACAUACAGAGGCUGCCAGAGCUGAUGGACAAACAAUCACAGAUACUGUACCUACACAGAUACACCGACACACACACUUUAGUCUCAAACACUCUGACUCAUAUUUAGGCUCAACCGAUAUGUUUUAAAGGACCAGUACCGAGAAUUUUGAACUGUCGACAGCUGAUAUCUUGUGCCAAUAAUUCAGCGCUAAAAAGAUUUUUUCCCCUUAAUUUUAUAUGAGAGGAGAAGCCUUUGAAAACCGCAUUUAGAGCAUCAUGGGACGCAGACUCUCCCCCGACUCUCACACGUGUCUGAGCUCUUUAUACACACAGGACAUUAGAACAUAUGAGGCUUUUAAAUUCAAUUACGUGAAUAAAAGAGAAGAAAAGUGUUGCAUUGCAGGUUUUAACUACUUUUUAAUACAACUGAGGUGGAAAGGGAUUGUUCACAUGAUCACAGUGGGAAUGAAUGACACUCAGCGGACACACUCAUGUUCAGUAGAAGGACUGUAUUGGUAAUAUAUCGGUCUGACCCUAACAGUCAUACACCGUAGCUUACAGACAUGCAUACACACAGUGCAGAUGUUCUAACACAUGAACAUGGUGCACACACACACACACACACACACACACACAAACACACACACACACACUCACACUCUUUGCUCGUAGGAGCCUCCUGGUAGAAAGUGAGAGGAAAAUCUCUGGAGGUUUCAGAGAAGAGACACUGAUCUGUUCCCUUUCUCCCUCAAGAGCAUUUCAGUACCAGAAUCACUAGAGUGAUCACCCAUGGCAACGGCCCCCACCCGCUCCCCCUCCCCUCUUCAUCCUCUCCCCCUCGCUUCCUCACCUUCUCUUCCUCCCUCUCCCAUGCUUACAGCAGCUCAGAUAAUUAAAGGGUUUUUUACUUUUCCCGUUUUCUAUUUUAAGGCCCAAUAGGCAAAACUAUAAGCACCUAAUGACUGCUAUUCCUGAUGUGAGUUGGGUCAGGAUAUAAGACACAAGGCAGAGUGAACAUAGGGAUCCAGAUACUGUCGAAGUUAAACACUGCAAACAGCAGAUUCAGAUCCAGAUGUGUGUGUGUGUGUGUGCUGUGUGUGCUGUGUGUACGUCUACGUGCAUUAGCUGUGAUAUUCUUUUUUUUUAAUGAAGUCGAUGCUGAUGUAGAACAAUGUUCAACUAAAGGUUUCAACUAUUAGGCCAAAUUAUGAUCAUGGUCACGUCAUAUCACGUUUAUCCCUGAUUAUUCGAAUUAGCUUCCCGGUGCUCGUGUCAGUCUGUUCGCGGGAAUCGUCUGAUUUCACAGCGACUUGUUCAAGACAACAAACGACCUCAGCGUCUCGGAUGUUCACGUCCAACCGUGUUAAACAGCUGAUUGAUUUCAGGUUGUUGCAGAGUUUAUCCUUUUCCCUCCGUGAAGACCCACUGCUAGCAAACUGAGGUCGCGUCACACCGUACGAGCGAGCGGGCUGCUCGUUAACAAACUUUGUUUAAAUUAACAGUCGAUUACUUUCUCCAACAGUCUACAUGACUUUGUGCCGAGCAGUAACUUCUGCAAAUCAUUUCACAUCUAUUUGACUUUGCAUAAGAACUUUUAAGUUUCCCUUAGUUUUUUCUUCUGUCCCCAUGGUCAGUUUCUGUUUUCCCACAAUGCCUUGAGAAGCGAUUUACUCAUAUCUCAUAGAUACUGAAAAGACAAACUUCACCUUGAGUCGGAACAUGUUCAGUGGGUCUUCACUUGAACGCUCCCUGUGAUGUGACAUGAACAUGGCAGCGCUGCCGUAAACCGCUGACUUUAAAUGGAGUGGAUAGUGGAUUUGAUUUCGUGUAAUGACUGUCAGUGUUCUGUUUUGCCUGCAUAAAUUCUGUCCAUGUUUCCUCCUGACAAAACAGCAGCACCCUCCUCCCGUCCUGACUGGGAAGAAAAUUAUAUGAAAAAAAAAAAACAAAAACUCUACAACACCCUUAAAGUUCUUAAUCCCACACAGGAAAACAGAACUGAUGUUAGAAAUGUCCGAUGUGAGCU